CCAAACAAAAAUAAAAUUAACAGGUUAAAAGAAAUGGACGACUCUGUUAUAGUGCUCGACGAUACGCAGCCCAGCGGGGAAAUCAUAGAAGUAGACGUGGAAGAUGGCGAGUUGGACGACUCAGAAAUUGUGGUUGUGGCCGCGGCGGACACAAGACCCUCCACCGAUAAGUUACCAACAACAGAUGACAAUCCGAGUCUACGAACUCAGGAGAACAACCAAAACGAGGCGGAUGGCUUGGUGUUCGAAGUAAAGUUUUGCAACAAGGAGCACUUUGCCAGUCUUCACCACAAAAUGUUGGAUGUAUUGGGAGCAGGUUUUGUGGGCCGUCACCUAGAUUACAGGACAAACGUAGAGGAGCUGGUAAUAGGCGCUUUCGACGGAGGCGUUAUGCAACCGCAAUCGCCUUCAUCUCCGGAUCUGGACACUUCAAAUGUCUUUAUGAUCGACACAUCGCCUGCUCCGAAGCUGAUGGUCUCGCAGGUACCUUCUUACAAGCGCUCGAAUACAGAUGUACUCGACGAAGACACUGAAGCACGAAAGAAACUGAAGGCCGAGGCGGUAAACAAGUGUAUCCGACCCAAAAACCAGUCGGCCUGCUUUAACUGCGGCGAAACGGGCCAUUCGCUGCGAGAGUGCCCACAGCCACGCAACAAUGUGAGAAUUCAACGGGCCCGCAAGAAGAUCAGCUAUCGCAUGGAACGCUACCAUGUGGACAUUGAACAGAGGUUUGGACACCUUCGACCCGGGAAAAUCAGCACUAAGACCCGCCAUGCAAUGGGCUACAAUCGCAACGAGUUACCUUUCAUGUUCUAUCGGCUGCGCGUUCUGGGAUACCCGCCCGCCUGGCUCGAGGAUGCCAAGAUGCAGAGCUCCGGCAUUUCGAUCUUCAAUGCAGAUGGUACAGAGGUGUCGAAAUCAGAUGACGAAGAAGGGGUAGCGAAUACCUUUAAAUAUGACCUUAACAAAAUUGUGGAAUUCCCGGGAUUCAAUGUGGAACCCGGUGGCAGAUUCUUCGAUGACUUUCAACAUCACAAUGUGCCGCCCUUCCAGAAGAGCCAGCUAAAGGAAAACUUUAUUAAAUCCCUGGGGGAGAAUAUAAGCAAAGGCUACAGACGCAAGAAACUGUUGGACCUGCCAGCUCCGCAUGACUCGAGUCCUACUACGACCGAGAAAACCAACUUCGUCGAGUAUGACAUGGAUGUGGAGGAAGCAGAGGAAUCAGGCCAUCCUCCACUACCAGCCUCUGAGCCCAACAGCAUAAGUCUACCUCCACCCCCACCGCCGCUGCAAGAGAAAAAGGAAGCACGCUCGCAAUCACCAUCAAUAGAAGACUUGAAGGCGCAGCAGGAGAAACUGCUGUUGCAGUUGGAGAGCAACACCUCGUUGGACACAAGCAGUAUAACAGCGGACGAAUCUAUAUCUCAGACAACAUUGACGCAAACACAGUCGGCGCCCACGACGCCGAGCGGGACAAGAGACUUGGCCUCACGGCAGUUCAAGGCUACCUUCGAGGGGACGCCCAUCCUCAAGUUCUCGGAGUUCAACCAGCUGCCAGUCGACAGUAACUUCAGGGUGGGCGUGAGCGAUGUCAUCCACUUUGAUAAUCUGCCAGACUCGACGGGCAAGUACGAGCAAAUGAAGGACCUGCUGAAGAACGUGCGGGAGAAGAUGGUGAAACUGCAAAACGAGGAUUAAUGCAUGCAUCCCAAAAAAUUGUUCAUAUUUAAAUGCCCCUAGUAUUUAAGUAUUUAACAAUUUUGUUUUCCAAUACACGAGUCAAUGUAAUUUCGUUUCA